UUAGGAGGUGAAGAGACCCGGGUGUCGGCCUUCGACAGGCUCGACCACGGACCGGGAGGUCACCCGGGCGACCUCCGCCGACAAAUAACCGAAGGUAGGCGGAGACAUGCUGAGGAGUCCGCGACCUCGGAUGCACGCUCGGCCAGGCCCGAGCGGAGCGGAGAAAGACGGGACGAGCGCACCCAGCGUCGCCAUAGUCAUACAACAUCUGAGAAGACAAAGGCUUCUGACCAGGGGGUAUCUCUGCUCGCUCGUGAGAUUGCCGAGCUCAAGCGCCGAGUGGAGACCAGGGCUCCCUACAGCCAGCCCAUCUUGCGGACGGUAACCCCGUUCACUCCGAGGGUUAUGUCGGUUCCGCUGCCGGCAAACUUUCGGCCGUGGCAGAUCAAGGCCUACAACGGAACGACGGACCCCCAAGAUCAUUUGUCUAAGUUUUAUGCCUCUAUGGAAGCGGCGGCAGCCCCGGACGAGGUCAAGUGCCGAUGCUUUCUCGCGACGCUGGAGGGCUCCGCGUGCGAUUGGUUCAACCGGCUCCCGAAGGGAACCAUUGACGAUUCGGAUACGCUAGCGGAGAAGUUCUUGACGCACUUCGCAGCCAACCGGAGGCAGAGGCUACCUUACUCCCACCUGCUCAACAUUUGCAUCUGCAAAGGAGAGAAGGUCCGUGACUUCAUAACCCGGUGGGAGAAGGAAGCCAGAGAUGUGCACGGGGCGGAUGAUCAAGCAUUGGUGGCCAUGUUCCAAGCAGCCCUUCCCCGCGGUGAGGUGAGGAAGGAGCUCCGCAAGAAUCCUCCCCCCACGUACCAGGAAACCUUGGCGCGCUCUAAGUUCUUGGCCUCGGAGGAAUUCGAUGAUGCCCCUGACUCCGAGGCCGCGCCGGCCAAGCGAGCUCCCGCAGAUGCAGAGGAGAUAGCGAAGAAGAGGAAGAAGAAGAAAGACCACACUGUGGGCCCGAGGACGCCCUCGGCGGGUGUGUACUCCGUGGGUGCGCCUGCGGGGACGGGUCGAGAGCUGGUCCUCUC